AUGGAUUAUCGGAGCAGCGAGGUCGCGCCAGCCGCCUCCGGCGCAAACGACGAUAUGCAGCAAGACGUCCAGACCCCAACGUUAUUGUCGCCACCUCGUAGCAAAACACCACCGACAGUCAUUGGGAAGCGAUCGCACAGCGAGCGACUGGCAGAUGGAUCACAUAGGAGCGGUAGUGAGCCGGUGUCUGCGCUGGCUUUGAACAAGGCAUUACAACAGGUUGAAGAAGCUGCACGGCCAAGGAGCCCUACACCGAGUGGUAGUCCCAGCAGGAAAAGGCAGAAGGUGCAAGUAGGUGGCGAUAGGUUCAUUCCGAACCGAGCUGGGCAGGACUUGCAAGCCAGCUACAGCUUGCUCCAUGCAGAUGGCUCGCCCGCCACACCCUCGAAAGGUCACAGGAGAGCACCGAGUGACAUACAUUUUCAGAAGCGGGAAGCGAACCGGACAUAUUCGAAUUUGCUACGGUCGGAGAUGUUCGAUAGUGAAGUUCCGCAAGCCAUACCACAGCAGCACGAAAGCUCCACAUCACGAGCGAAGACACCACCAACAAACGGCGUAAUGGUAUCUGGCCAGCAUCUGACCCCGUCAACGCCGCACAAGAACCUUUUCUCAUAUGCUGCAAACCCGACUCCUUCACUUACGCCACGAUCGACAUCACGAAGUGAGCGAGGUCCGAACAUCAACGCGAGAUCUGAAAUAUACAGUUUGUCACCAGUCAAGCAUUCAUCACAGACUAUGCUUCUAUCUCCUCGAAAGACACCUCGAGCGGUCAGCAAAGUGCCUUAUAAAGUACUCGAUGCACCAGAUUUGCAGGAUGACUUCUACCUAAACCUGGUAGACUGGGGCAGUGGCGAUGUGUUAGCUGUAGGACUAGGACCGAGUGUCUAUUUGUGGAGCCGCGAGACUGGUAAGGUCAAUCAGCUGUGUCAGCUCGAAGGCGAUACGGUCACCAGCGUAAGCUGGAUACAGCGAGGCUCACAUCUUGCUAUUGGCACGACGAAAGGAUUACUCCUGAUCUACGACACAAUAGCCGAGCGGCGGCUACGGACCAUGACUGGCCACUCCGCACGAAUUAGUAGCUUGGCGUGGAAUGCUCACAUUCUCUCGACCGGCUCGCGAGAUCGAACGAUACUCCAUCGAGAUGUUCGUAUGGCUGCACAGUAUCUGCGGCGUCUCACAGGCCAUAAGCAGGAGGUAUGCGGUCUUAAAUGGAAUCCGGACACCGAGCAGCUGGCUUCGGGUGGCAACGAUAACAAGAUCUUCGUCUGGGAUAAGAUGGAAGAACGGUGGCAGCAUCGAUGGGGUGAGCAGGAAGGCGGUCAUAAGGCAGCCGUAAAGGCCAUCGCAUGGAGUCCCCACCAACGAGGCCUGCUGGCUUCUGGAGGCGGUACUGCAGAUCGCUGCAUAAAGUUCUGGAAUACUGUCGGCCAGGCUCAAAACAACAGCAAUGGUUCUAGCACGAUAAGUGGCUUUCCACCGGACACGACUUCCUUAGGCCUCGGACUCACAGCUAAUUCGCCUAUGAUUGAGACGCCUCUAAGCCCUACCCAGCCCAAUCCUCAUCUCAUUCGAUCCCACGACACCGGCAGUCAAGUGUGUAAUCUACUCUUCAGCACUCUCACGAACGAAAUCGUGUCGACGCAUGGGUACAGCCAGCACGCCAUCAAUAUAUGGAAGUACCCUUCCAUGAAUCAGGUCGUCAGCUUGACAGGUCACACCUUUCGUGUGCUGUACCUCUCCAUGAGCCCUGACGGCGCUGUGAUCGUGACAGGUGCCGGAGACGAGACGCUGAGGUUCUGGGAUGUAUUUGGGAAACGCGAGAAGGAUAGCCGGAGAGGUGUGGUUGGCGAAUGGGGGGUGAUUAGAUGA